GCACUGAUGGGGUCAGGCGGGAAAAUGUAGAUGCGCGGGCCUUUCUGGCCGUCGGCGUAGGCAGUGAUGCCCAGGUCAUUUUUGUGCGCGGAGGCAGACACCAUCAGAAAGGUGGACGGGCACUACACGGCCCUAGGUUUGCUAGAGGGCGCUGUACUGUCUCAGUAACCUGGUUUUGCCAUCAAAGGAGGAGGGGACAGGUGGUGACGAGCUGGUUGGGCUGGUUGAUCCUUCGGCGCUAGAAUUUUUAGACCAAGAACCCCAAGUGCAACGAGGGAGAAAGCGAGGAACCGACUGGGAUGGACAG